GUCUCUCUUUCCCUCCCCUCAAGACACGCCAGGAUGCCGAGGGCCCCCCGCAACCACUCCAAAACCUACAAGGUCCCCCGUCGACCUUUCGAAUCGGCGCGACUCGACUCCGAGCUCAAGCUCGCGGGAGAGUAUGGUCUGCGCAACAAGCGCGAGAUCUGGCGUAUCGCUUUGAUUCUCUCCAAAAUUCGUCGUGCCGCCCGUGAGCUGCUGAAGCUCGAUGACAAAGACCCCAAACGGCUCUUCGAGGGUAACGCUCUCAUCCGCCGACUCGUCCGUAUCGGUGUGCUCGACGAAACCCGCAUGCGUCUCGAUUAUGUGCUGGCCCUCAAGGUGGAGGACUUCUUGGAGCGCCGAUUGCAGACACAGGUCUUCAAGAGCGGCCUCGCGAAGAGUAUCCAUCAUGCCCGAGUUCUCAUUCGUCAACGCCACAUUCGUGUCGGCCGUCAAAUCGUCAAUGUCCCCUCGUUCGUUGUCCGUCUUGACGCCCAGAAGCACAUCGACUUUGCCCUCACCUCACCCUAUGGUGGUGGACGUCCGGGCCGUGUCAAGCGCAAGCGGGCCGCUGCCGCUGCCAAGAAGGAGGAGGGUGGCGACGACGAAGACGAGGAGUAA